AUGGCCGACUCGGAAAAAGACGCCUAUUCCCUUUACGCCAAUGAUAUAUUUAAUGGCUACACAAUCACCGGCAGGGUUGGCCAAGGAUCAUUUGGCCCCAUAUUCUCAGUUUCAAAAAACCAUAAAGAUUAUGCUCUAAAGAUCCAGCCGCGAAAAAUCAAUGGCAAACCAUCAACCGUACAAAAAGAAGCUAGCCUCCUGUUAAAGUUAAAUCCACACGGCGAUAAGUAUUUUCCGACUUUCAAAAUGGCGGGUGAAAAUGUGAAAUGCGCUUUCAUAGUCAUGAAUCUGCUUGGACGGAGCUUGAAAGACUUGCGUCUUAUGUCGCCAAAUCCGGACAGCUUGACCCCUGGAACGUGGAGCAGAAUCGGAAUUCAAUGCCUUUAUGUCUUGAAGCAAUUGCAUGAUGGGGCAGUAGUUCAUGGAGACGUUAAACCUACAAAUUAUGUGCUUGGAAACCCGACCGACUGUUUGAAAAGCCGCAUAUUUUAUUUGAUCGAUUUUGCGAUCGCCCAAAAAUUUAUAGUCAAUACAGGAAAUGGAUUCGAAUACAACACUGAAAAAAGAAAAUCGAAAAUUUUGUGCGGAACCCCCCGUUAAUGAAGGCAAUAGGCCGAGUGGAUGAUUUGUACUCUCUGUUAUAUAUGACUGCAGAGCUCAAGAAACCACUUCCUUGGACAUAUCUUGAAGGGAACGAAUUGAUUCUUAAGAAAAAAAACGCAAAGUUAACAGAGUUAUUUGACAAUGACGAAUUUCUCAAAGUUCAAACAAUGAUCGAAAGCUUCUCGUACAGAGACUUUCCUAAUUAUGGGUUGCUUUUUGAAACUUUCCUAGAAGUUUUCUUAAAAAGCGGGUCUACUUGGAUGUCGCCCUAUGAUUGGGAGGGGGAAAACAUGCCAUCGUUCCAGGAAUGGGUCAAAGAGGCGAACAAGCCUCGUCAUCUUUUUCAAUGGGAAGUCCCAGAAGUCGUGAACUAUCUUCGUACAGAUUUCUAUACAACACUCAAAAAGGAUGUUCCGAGAGCUGAAAAAAGGAAUAAGAAAAAAGCUCAUUCAAACACACAAAAAUAA